GUGCUUACUGAUCCCAACCUUUUUGUAGUGUAACACUCUUUUAGCUUGUGAUCGUAUUAUAAUUCAAAACGAUUUUUAUCACAAGAGUACUCAAAAAAAUGCCUCGAUGCAAACCUAAACUUGCUGAAAGCUCCGUUGCCGUCGACGUCGUUAAGGAACAGAAAGGAAAGAAUAAAAAUACCAAACCGGCAAUUCAUGAAAUGUCCAAUGAAAAUGAUAAUAAACUCGUGAAGGAAGAACUGGAUAGCCCCCCUGGUGGUAGUGGUGGACUGAAUUUGAGUCAAUUCAAAUUUGAAAAGCGACCUCAUAUUAAGAUUGCUUUCGAAAAUGACCCGCCAGUUAAGGAACCAAAAUUACCAGGUUUGUGGGAGCCACCACACUGGAGAGACUUCCUGCUCAAUUUAAGGAAUAUGAGGUCAAACAAUGAUGCACCUGUGGACUCCAUGGGGUGUCACAUGAGCAUGGACCUGGAUGCUGCUCCUGAAGUUAUUAGAUACCAGAGUCUCGUAUCCCUGAUGCUGUCUAGCCAGACUAAAGACCAGGUGACAUUUGCUGCAAUGAAGCGACUCCGCGUCAGGGGCCUCACAGUCGAAAACGUCUUGAAGAUGUCUGAUGAGGAAUUAGGACAGCUCAUUUACCCAGUUGGCUUUUGGAAGACAAAAAUAAAAUAUAUAAAAAAAACAACAGAGAUACUAAAGGAACAAUACAAUGGUGAUAUCCCCGACUCUGUGGAGAAGUUGUGUAAGCUACCAGGAGUUGGCCCAAAGAUGGCGCAUAUUUGUAUGAAGGUUGCAUGGAAUCGAGUCACUGGAAUAGGUGUAGACACCCAUGUCCAUAGAAUUAGCAAUAGAAUAGGCUGGGUAAAAAAACCCACAUCAACCCCUGAAGAUACUCGUAAGGCUCUUGAAACUUGGUUGCCUUUCGACCUUUGGAGUGAAGUAAACCAUCUCAUGGUUGGCUUUGGACAAACCAUUUGCCUUCCCAUAGGCCCUAUGUGCUAUGAAUGUUUAAACAACGACAUUUGUCCUUCACGUGAUUUGGCUAGAAAGACCCCCAAAAAAACUCCUAAGAAAUCACCAGUGAAAGAAGAGAAGAAUCAAGUACUAGGUCUUUUAGAUGUUAAGAAGGAAUUGGACUUGGAUAAGUCGCCGAGAAAAAAGGUUACUCGUAAACAAAAACAACAAGUUGUAAAGCAAGAUAACAACCGCGCUUUUCAAAAUGACGAAGCAACAAGCAAAAAGGCAAAUUUCGUGGAAGACAUACAAGGAAAACAAAAGAUUAAAGAUGAAGAAAUGGAUAAUUUUGAAGACAAAAAGAUACAUUUACCAGUUAAAGCAGAAAAGAAAAAAGCUUCUCCAAAAAGAAAAAUAACUAAAAAGGAACAAAAUAUCCAAGACGGUGAUUUGGGAAAAGUUUAUGACACUGUUGAAGCAAAGAAAGAUUCUCCUAAAAAGCGUAGGGUUACACCCAAAAAACAAGCACAAGCUGAUGAAUCUCAAAAUACAUUUUCUACAAAAAGUAAUCAAAAUAAACGUAAUGCUAAACCUGAAGUGAAAAGAAAAUCGCCAAAAAAUAAAACCAAGUGACAUAUAAAAAAUGUUAUUUUUGCAAACAAAUAUCUUCUUGCAUUCUUCUUGCGCCAAAUUUGUUAAAUUCUUGCUAGCUUUUAAGAGAUAAGUUUUGUAAUAUCUGUUGCAUUGUUAAAUAUCUUAAAAGAACAAUCUUGUCUUUUAUAUAUUUGUAAGUUUUAUGUUUCCUUUUGCAUGUAAUGUGUCCUUAAAUUAAGAUUAUUUGUGAUUUGAAUACACCUCAUUUUUUAUCGUAAUUAUUUGUAUACAAUUAAAAAAAGAGUUAUUUUUACUUUCUACAAUUGUUACAGGAAUGUUAUAAUAAAAUCCCAUUCAUUUAGCAUUUUGUCAUUUACUUAACAACCUUAAUCUGUAAGCUAACUAGUGUUUUCG